CAUGCCAUCUAGUUCAUAUUGACAGUUCAAGAUCGUCGUCUAUAACGAUUUACAUGUAUAUACAUGUCGCAGAGACGCCGAUUCUAUUAAAUGCAAAUAUUAUUUUUAUCAGAAUAAAGUAUAUUGUAAAGUGAAUUUAAAAGUGAAUGACUACAAUAUGAAGGAUUUAUUUGAACAGUGGAAGCUGAUAGAUGUUUACGAAACAUUGGAUAAGUGAAAAAAUUGUCCAAAGUAGCCCUCCGGAUGUCUCUUGCAGUACUUCAGAUCAAGUUUCACCAAAUGAAAUUCUAGUAGUGGCUAGUUCUACGUUGAAUGGCGACGAUGAUGUGAUUGACCCACAGGAUUGUCAGGCAUUAGAAAAUCUUCUGGAGGCUAAUAGCUUCUUGGAUGGAGAUGUAGAUACUAACGGUGUGGAAGUGUCACAACAAUUGACGGAAAGUAGUGAAAGACCAGAUAAAAUUUCUGAUUAUUCUAGUGGGUCACUCCCUGACCAUUUCUCCAAACGUCCAAAGACUGGUUCAACGAAAGUUGAUUUCGAUGAUUAUGGUUGUGCUAUUGUACUACGUGUAGAUGAUGCGGGUGGUCCAAUUUUUGGUGUCAUCUCAGUUAUUCUCCACAAGGACAAAGGAGCGAUUUUUUUGGAUAUCGUGAAUGUUUAACUAUUGGACUAUUGGAUUAUUAAAAUCAUAUGAAAGGAUAUCUGAUUAAACUUCCCACCAAUUAUCAGCAACUACAGAUAUUCAAUUUUAAUAAAAACGAGUUCACUAGACCAAUAAAAAUUCAUAUUACUUCGGAAGGAAAAUCAAUCCUUUGUCGUCGAGACUGUGAAUGAAAAAAUAUUGUUCCAAUAACAAAAUGGUAUUAGAGA